AUGCCGGCAGGGAUGGAGCCGGCAACGACGGUCUUCAUGUCGUCGUCGGAGGGGGAGCGCGGCCAAGGUGGCCGUGCGGACGUGGUGGACCUUGACCGGGAGGUCGUGGACGUGGAUGACAACACCCCGCCGCGGACUGACGUGGUCGAGCGGGUGGGGGUUGAGGGAGGCGGCGGCGACGCCGUCUUGGAGGAGGCGCCGUGGACAGCACCGGAGGGGGCGCCUCGGGCGCCGACGGGUGGGGCGCCGCAAGCGACUCCGACCGCCGCACCGGAGAGAACGCCGGAGAGUGCGCCGGUCGUGGAGGAGGCGAUCAGCGGCGAGUACGCCCUGGUGCCCAGGGCGGGGAGAGGUCGUGUCGUUGGGUCGCAGCCGGCUCGGGCUGGGCCUAGCGAGGUCUUCUUUGGGCCCUUGACCCAAGAGGAGGCGGCGAUGGCCGCCGUGAGCCGUCGCCUCCGAGGGCGCACCGACAGGAUCCAGGCCUUUGCCCAGGCCGAGGUGGAGCAGACGCGAGAGCUGGAGCGCGCCGUGUUCCAACUGGACUCCUACCGGGUCGGCGUCUUCAACCGGCUCUUGGAGAAGCACCGGCAGCUCAAGGAGCAGCUCUCCGCCAAGGAGGAGGCGCUCCGCGAUGCCACAGCUGAGGUGUCGUCCUGGCGAACCCGGCUGAUUCGAGCCGGCUAUCAGUAUGACCGGGUCGUUGCUGACGUAGGCCGGGUUCGAGCCGAGGUGGCGGAGGCGAAGGUGGAAGCAGCAGGGGCCCGGCGGGCGCUUGACGAAGCCGGCCGGCUGCAGGAGCAGCCGGCGGGCGACAAGAGCCGGCUCGAGGCCGAGGUGGAUUGCCUCAAGGCGGAGGCGUCCAAGGUCGAGGAGGCCCAGCGGGUCCUUGCCGAGGCCUGCCAGCAACGCGACAAGCUGGCCGACGACAAGGGCCAGCUUCAGGCCGAGGUGGAACGCCUGAAGGCGUUGGGGGCCACGAUGGGGGAGGCCCACCAGGCGAAACUUCACCGCCGCCAGGAGUACGAGAGGGUGGCCGAGGCCAAGGACGCCGAGCUGAAGGUCGCCGACUUGGAGAAGACGCUUCAGGAGCAUGACCGUACCAUCGCUAGGGAGCGGCGUGGUAUGUUGCUUGAAGCGCAGCACGUGGAAGAGUCCUUCUCUAGGACCUUCCCGGAGACGCACCAGCUGGCGGAGGAGGCCGUUCGCUUUCAACGAGGUCCGCAGGGAGUCGUGGGCUCCGGGACCGACACGCAGGUUGCUUGGACCUUCGCGGAGAUCGUGACUACCGCCGAAGCUCGUCUGCGAGUCUUGGGCGAGCAGAUGGGGCGGCUCUCCGAGGCCGGUGCGGCGAUGACGACGGCCCUCUGGCCUGGCACCUUUAUGCCGAAUAGCUUCACGCGGCUGGCCCGGUGGCUGGAGGCGGGCCCGGAGCGGCUCCACGCGUGGCGUGUCUCCGCCGCCCGUGCCGGCGCCGAGAUGGCGCUCAGGUUCGUGAUAUCUUGGCAUCCGGAUCUGGGUUGGACAAGCUGA